AACUGGAGAAUGUAAGUGAAUUCAAUUAUCCUUUCUGAGAAUAUUCAUCGGCAGUGAUUAAUUAACAUUAUGACAUUACACUGUUAUAGCCUUGAAGUCCCUGUUGAAAGUAGCAAGCACCGACGUAAUGCUAAAAUAAACCCAAUUAUUGACAAAGUCUUGGAAGCAAAACGUGUAGAUGGUCUUGCCCGUCUCUGGCAAAGUCAUGAAGAAGUGUUCAUUUAUGAACAGACAGGACCGCCAGAUUUCGAUGAUGUUACUCAACUUUUCAUCCAUGAUUACAAGUUAGUUCGGACCAUGAGGGAUGUACUCAAUCAGAGAAUUAUUCUUCAUCUUAGAGAUGGAAUAUCGGAUCAUAAAGAUCUAGCAAGCUUUGGUGCAUUUGGCCAUCGCACCGAGGUAUCUUUAUUUUGGUGUACAAUGCACCAAAAAUCAUAUUGUCUUCAGGAAUACGGAAGUUUUCAAAUUCCUGCAAUUUGGCAGGAUCUUCCUGUACUAGCCGAAGCAAUUAUAACCUGCCUAAAAUUUUUUUCCUUUAUGAAAGAAAAUGUCGAAAAGGUCAAGUUAUAUACUGACCAAAAAAAUAAGUUAUUUGCCAAGCGGAAAGUUCAUAUAGUAAAGGAGAAUCCACCAACGCCAAAUCGGCCUAAAAAGCAAAAGUGAGAGUCGUUAAAAGCUGUCUAAAAUUGAGCGACUUAAAUUCUAAAUA